AUGGAUGAGAAUGCUGCUACCGCUAGAACUCGAUCUGAGAGCUGGCGCCUAAUCUCCGGAGGUCGCCAGCUGAGGAGGGGUGCAAGAAGUGGUGGAUCGGCGGGGAGAGAGACUCAAGUCAAAGAUAAUGCAAAUAGAGGGUGCGAUUCAGGAGUCUUGAAGUACAAUGGAAUGGGAAAGGAGAUGGGGAACCCUAGCUGCGCUGGGGUCUCUCAAAACCACUCUCUUGUUGGCGACACAGGAGCCUCUGCUAAUGUGUUUCCAAGUAAUCCAGGAAAUCAGUCUCCUUAUGGUAUAACUUAUCCAGGAAGUCCAACUGGAAGAUUUUCAGAUGGAAGGCUUAUUAUUGAUUACAUAAGUGCUGGCUUAAAGUUCAAGUAUCCAGAGCCUUAUUUUGUGACUAUUAAUCCAGAUUAUAGGACUGGUGUCAACUUUGCUCAGGCUGGCUCAACAGCACUCAACACCGUCUUUCAAAAUCCCAUAUAUUUCUCUUACCAGCUGCAACAAUUUUUGCAGUUUAAACAGAGAUUACAAUCGGGUUACAAUUCAAACAGAGAUGCAUAUAGGAAGUCAUUACCUCCACUAAAGUUUUAUCAAACAUUCCUUUAUGCUGUAGAAAUUGGAGGUAAUGACAUUAUUAAUAAUAUAAUCUACAACAAUAAAUCUCUAUCAUAUAUUGCAAACAUUACUAUACCCACAGCAGUUGCAGCUAUCAAAUCUUCUUUACAAACUAUUUUUGCAUCUCCAAAUCCGACAGCAUAUGAUUCUUAUCAGUGCCUUAUUGCGUUUAAUAACAUUUCUCAAUAUUUCAACUCAAAACUUGUGGACGCUGUGGUUUCUCUACGAAAUCAAUACACUGACGCCAAAUUCUACAUUGCAGAUAUGUAUAACCCUUACUAUAAGAUCCUUCAAAAUAGUUCAGCUUACGGUUUUACGAAUAUACGAGAUGCUUGCUGCGGAACUGGGGCACCAUAUAAUUAUUCUCCUUUCCAACCAUGUGGAACACCUGGUAUAUCAAGUUGUUUAAAUCCCAGUACUUACAUAUCUUGGGAUGGUGUUCACUACACCCAACAUUAUUAUCAAAUAGUAGCAGAGUUCUUCUUAAGUGGAACGUUUUUAGAUCCAUCAACGAAAAUCUGCUAAACAGUAAGUCAAGAGCUGAAUGAAGUUAUUAAUAAUAUGCUGCACACCUUGUUAAACAUAAAUCAAUGUAAAAGUUUAUUAUAAACACAAAUUAAAUCUAAGUUUUAUG